AUGUUUUUAAGUAAUCCACCAGACAUUAAAUUAUCAUGUCGUUUAAAAGAUUUUUUUAUGUAUAUGAGUGCAUAUCAUGUUAUGUAUGCACAUUGUAUUGCUUCAUUUUGUCGUGUAUUAUCAAUUCAAUAUCAUUAUAAACCAUUAUUUCGAUCAAGCCGUUGGAUAUGGGGAAAUAUCAUUGUAAGUUGGAUUAUUGGAUUACCUGCUUCAUUACCUUACUUAUUCUUCGAUGACGGUGCAUGCUUAAUUCAUAAUAGUGAAAAGUUUCUUGACAUAUAUGCCUGCUUCUCUAUAAUAUUUGCACCAGUUACUAUUGUCAUUAUAUGUAAUCUCGCAACGCUUCGAUAUGUACGGUUAUCAAGUAAACGUAUACAUAAUUUAAAUAGCAACAAUACAAAUCAACUUGGCAAACGAGAAAUGCAUUUAUGUAAAACAAUGUUAUUAACAUUUUGUAUAUAUGUUAUUGGUGCGGCACCAAUUUUUCUCGAACGAGUAUUUGUUAAUGAUGAAAAUUAUUUUCCUUCAGUUGUAUCAACUAUUUUUCGUAUUCUACCAGCAAUUGCUCUUUUCGCUGAUGUAAUAUUACUUAUUUAUUCAGAUCAAUCAGUUCGUAAUAUAAUUAUAAAAACAUUACAAUGCAAUGAAAAAUUUUUAUGUAUUUUUAAAUGUUAA